AUGGAGAGAGGUAGAGAGCAUAAUGGUUUUAGUUCUGUGAAUUUUAUUCCAUAUUAUAAUAAUGGAGAUGGUCCUCAUGUGUUUCAAAAUGUGAGAAAUAACUGUUCAGCGUUACCUGAUGAGGACGAGGAAUUAACAGAAUCGUCAGUAGAAGAGAGUGGCGGAGAAGAAAUAGAAGGUCGUAGUGAAGAUUCAGAAUAUGAAUCUGAAUCCGAAGAUGGCACUUAUCCUAAGGCAUUUUAUUCUGGGAAUGAUAUUCCUCCUGCUGUUGUUCCUUGGACGCGCGUUUCUAAUUCAUUAGAUCUUAUUUUCGUUCCUCCUACAUAUAAAGGUGUAAAUCAGUCAGCAGGCUCAAAGUUUGUUCCUCCUACAUAUCAAGGUGUAAAUCAGUCAGCAGGCUCUAAGUUUGUUCCUCCUACAUAUCAAGGUGAUUCACAGAUUUACGAUAAAUAUUCACAAGCUACUCAAGAAUCUUAUCCUAACAUAUCACGAGAAAAUGAAAAAAGGGUUAGGAAAAAAACUAAUAUAGGUUCUCUAGAAAGAGAUAUGACUUCAAUUUCUUUGAAAAACACUGUGGAAAACGCUAAGAAUGAUACUAAUUCUCCAUGCGAUAGAACUGCUACUCAAAACUUUGAGAGUGCAGUUACUCAUGGUGUGUCAAGAGCUAUACCUGAUGAUUAG